GUUCUCAGCUUCCGUCCUCUCAGCUUCCUUACAGCACCGCCACCUGCGAGAGCUGAGCCCCCCUAGGCCCUGGCUAGCCUGAAGUCGGCCCUCGAUCCCUCUGGCUGCAGAAGUCUCUUUACUCCCGAUGAGAGGAAGGGCGGAUCCAGGUCUCUUGAGAGCUGAGGGUUGAGGGCAUUGAGCCAACGCAUAGACCCGUCACCUCUGCCCUUGAAGACACUUGUGCCCUCCAUGCGGAGCCAAGAUGGGGAACAGAAACGAGGAAGAUUAUAACUUUGUCUUCAAGGUGGUGCUGAUCGGCGAGUCAGGCGUGGGGAAGACCAAUCUGCUAUCCCGAUUCACUCGCAAUGAGUUCAGCCACGACAGCCGUACCACCAUCGGGGUUGAGUUCUCCACCCGCACUGUCAUGCUGGGCACCGCCGCUGUCAAGGCUCAGAUCUGGGACACGGCUGGCCUGGAGCGGUACCGAGCCAUCACCUCGGCGUACUAUCGUGGUGCGGUGGGGGCCCUACUGGUGUUUGACCUAACCAAGCACCAGACCUAUGCCGUGGUGGAGCGCUGGCUGAAGGAGCUCUACGACCACGCCGAGGCCACAAUCAUCGUCAUGCUCGUUGGUAACAAGAGUGACCUCAGCCAGGCCCGAGAGGUGCCUACUGACGAGGCCCGCAUGUUCGCUGAAAACAAUGGGCUGCUAUUCUUGGAGACCUCGGCCCUGGAUUCCACCAACGUUGAGCUGGCCUUUGAGACUGUCCUCAAAGGUAGAGCCCCUGCCAUUCGGCAGGCACCCCAUCCCAUCCGUGAGCCUUCUGUGGACAGUAGAUCUUCGCCAAGGUGUCCAAGCAGAGGCAGAACAGCACCCGGACCAAUGCCCUCACCCUGGGCAGUGAGCCGGGCCCUGGUGAGAAGAGGGCCUGUUGCAUCAGCCUCUGACCUGCCCCCGCUGGCGCUCUGGUGUCCCCCAUUCCCACCCCAGAUCCAGGAGCUUUCCCUGCCCUGUGGUUCCAGAUGUCAGAGUGGCCGGUCCUUGUUCACAGCCCCGCAGAGCUCUAAGGUCUUCAUGCGCCGCCCCUCCUCCCCACAUAUCUCUAUUAUCAGUCACCUCCUCACAGAAUAGGGCCCCCCAAUAAAGCUGUGUUUUGUAUCAAGACCUGGCCAUCCUGCUGCUU